AUGGAGCCACGAUACCGCAAGAUAGCUAUAGUUGGUGGGGGCCCCACGGGCUUGGCUGCUGCAAAGGCCCUAGCUCUAGAACCUGUACAUUUUGCCAAGAUCGACGUCUUUGAAAGAAGAAGCGAGCUUGGUGGAAUCUGGUUUCAUAAAGGCGACAAGGCGUUGGCGCAUCCUCAUGUGCCAAACUUGGACCCCAAUGCCAGCGAAAUCUUGGAGAAACAGGCCACUGUCGAGGAUGAGUAUUUCUCUGCGAUUUACAAAUACAUGGAAACAAACCUCGUUUAUUGGUUGAUGCAGUACUCACAGUUGCCUUUCCCCAAAGAUACGAUAUUGUUUCCCAAGCGCCAACAAGUCUUGGAGUACCUCCAUGCGUACAUCGACUCCAUUCCCAAGGACAAGAACGUGAGUUUCAAUGUUAACUCCAGCGUCGAAAAGCUUGCAAAGGAGGAGGAUGGGAUGUGGCACUUGACUGUUGAAAGCACGGACAGUGGUCUGGUGGAAACGCGUUGUUACGACGCGGUCAUAAUUGCUACGGGGCAUUUCAGCGUGCCUUUCAUACCGGCAGUGCCUGGCUUGGCCGAGUGGAAUGAGAAAUUGCCGCAUUCGGUGCUUCAUUCCAAGAACUUUGAAGAUCCCAACUUUUACAGAGACAAGACGGUGUUAAUCAUUGGCAAUGGUGCGAGUGGUGUUGAUAUUUCUACUCAAAUCAGCACCGUGGCCAAAAAGGUGAUUGUCUCGGUUCGCGACUUGGAGAACCCGGGCUUUAAAAAUGAGUUGGUGGAUUAUGUUGGUUUGGUGACACGGUAUGACCAUUCAGACAAGUCAAUCACAACCGCAAAUGGCGAUAAUGUCAAGGGGAUUGACUUUGUCAUUUACUGCACGGGAUAUUUUUACAGCAUGCCUUUUUUGAAGUUGGAUGUUAUCACCGACGGACGCCAGGUCCAUGACCUAUACAGGCAAAUAUUCAACGUUCACGAUCCUUCGCUCAGUUUUGUUGCAUUAUUGAAGAAUAUCGUGCCAAUGCCAUUAGCAGAGUCGCAAGGAGCAGUAAUCGCGAGGUAUUGCUCGGGGAGGAUGGAGCUUCCAAGUGAGGAAGAAAGACGAAAAGCAUACGAAACAGAGUUGGAGGAAAAAGGAAGAGGCUCCAAAUUCCAUGAUUUCACGCACCCCUUGGAUGUGCAGUACUGUCAACUCAUGCAAGACUGGAUUGAAGAGCAGAAUCUAGUAACUCCUGGUCUUGAGCCCGUCAUUUGGACCAAAGAGUUGAUAAAAACCAGGCUGGAGACCAAGGCUCGCAAAGAGCAAAGGUUGAGUGAGGUUGUUGAACACGUAAAGAGGCUCAGAGCCCAAGGAAAAGACUUUGAGGUGUUGAACUGA